AUGGCUGAUUCUCCCAUCACCAACGCCCCAGUCGGCGCUCAAGAAAAGCCGAUCUUGGAUAAAUUGUUGUUGGUCAGAGACCAGUUACUCCUCUUGAAACAAGAUAAAAGCACCUACGUCAAGUCCUCCGAUGUCCUCCCCCUCUACGAGAAGGUGGUGGAGCAGGUUUCUCUUCUUAACCAGGCACGAGGCCCUGAGCAUCUAGUACAGAACCGAGUCGACACUGUCCUCGAUGACUCCCUGCAACUCAUCUCCCUCUUCUUCAUGGCCAUUGGAAGAAACAAUGAAGCGCCUGCGCUCUAUGCAAUGACCGGGACAAUCAUGCGCCUGUGUCACCACCUCAAAGAGUGCGCCUUUUACAGCAAGAAAGACUUGAUCAGCUUGGAGAACUCUCUAGCAAAGAUGGAGGCUACUCUGGAACGCGGAAAAGACGUUUACUCCCAUCAUUUGCUCACCAGGAUACAAUACCGCAUGAAGAUCUGCCAGAACCUUUUACAAGAAUUGAGAGCCUUCGUAUCCACACUUUCUCCCGAAAUGGUGCCCACGUGGGAGAAACUCGUAUCCAUUCUCCGCGCAAUAGCAGCCUUGAAUACACGAAGCAAGUUCAACGUGAAGGACCUUCAUGAACUUCGCGAUCAGUUGCUACAGAUACAAUCGACCAUGAAAGAUGGGAAGUUUCUGGAUGAGUCUGGAAAUGCAUCGGCUGGGCAGGACCUUGUGGUGCCUCUCCUGAACCGGUGCCUCGCUUUUACCGAGAUUGUGGAGCAGAAGAAGGGGAAAAUCGAUGAACGUUUCCAAGAAACUUACGACCAUUUAAUCGAGAUCCGGAACCAGUUAGAUCGCUUGACUAUGACUCAAGCUUGGUCUCUCCGCGAAACAGAUCUGUAUAUGUGGCAAAGAAAACUCGACCGAAUCGAUGACUCCAGAAGGGAUGGCAACUUCUUUGAUGCUGAAGGCCGUCCUGCCGACCUGCAUGCUCAGAGAACAUUACUAUAUCUCAUUCGACGAGGGUAUGCUUUUAUCUAUCAGCUCCUGAUCGCGUCAGAACCCGUUUCAGAAGCUCUGCUUCCCAUAUACAACCAACUUCUUACCUUGCGGAAAUGCCUGGUUGAGGUCAAGAAGGCCGGGGGGGUGUCAAACCCACGGGAGCUCUAUCCAUACAGCAUGAAAUUGAACUCGAUCGAUAAUAUGAGGGUCGAUGGAAAGUUCCAGAUCGGCAAGGAUAUUCCAGAGGGGCAGGGCAGUGUCAAUGAUCUUCUCGCCGAGUGUUACGAUUUAGCAUACGAGUUAAGGACCGAGGCUGAGACGGAGAACGAUGAUGACUGA